AGCAGAGCAGCCACUCUGCUAUCUUUCAAAUUGAAAUUCUUCUCCUUCACCCUUUGCACGUUGAAUUUCACAACAACAGCAUCUCGCUAUAACCUAGGAGCUUUGUUCGGAUUCAAGGUUUUCGACUGUAUUUGGACGAUUCCUCCGACGCCCGCCAUCAAGGCCACCAACAGCACGCCACUGUCCAGCAAGGCCACCGCCACGCCACCACAGCACGCCCCUGUUGUUCUCCUUCUCCUUCAUCAGAAUUAGAAGCUGAAGCUCCGGCAAUGAAGAGUAAAAAUGGAAGCAAGGCACGUGCAAAAGACAUGGUUAAAGAUAAUGGCAUGGUUGAAACUGAACCAGAAGAUCUGCCAAUCAAGUCUAAAAAGGGCAGUAAGAAGCGUGCUGCAGCACCGGAUUCGAAUCCUCCAACUGUCAAAGACAUCCUUGAAAUUGGUCAUGGGGAGGCUGCAGAUGGAGUUCUUGUUGAUGAUGACUUGAAUGAACCAACCAUGGGUGAAAUUCUUGGAAGUUUAAAUUUAUUAGACAAUGAUAGACCAGAGAGCCAUGAUAAAGAAGAAUCUUCUCUGGAUCCAAAGCCUCCAAGUGCAGACUCGGUUCAUAUUUUACUCAAGCAAGCACUACAUGCCGAUGACCGUGCCCUUUUAUUAGAUUGCUUAUACAUCCAAGAUGAGAAGGUCAUUGCAAAGUCCAUCUCAGAGUUGAAUCCAUCUGGUUUUUUGAAGCUCUUACAAUCUCUCAUUUCUAUCAUUCAAUCGAGGGGUGCAAUUUUGGCAUGCGCACUUCCAUGGCUUAGAAGUUUGCUUCUUCAACACGCAAGUGGUAUAGUAUCCCAAGAAUCUUCUUUGAGUGCCUUGAACUCCUUAUAUCAGCUCAUUGAGUCCAGAGUUUCAACUUUUCAGUCGGCUCUUCAGCUAUCGAGUGUCUUAGACGUGCAUUAUACAGGGGUAAUUGAUGAUGUUGACGAGAACGAGACAAUCACUCCAUUUAUUUAUGAGUCUGAUACAAGUGAUGGAGAGGGAUCUGAGGAAGCCAUGGAAACCGAUCAAGAGAACGAAGAGGAAGAGGAAUCUGAUGUUGCCCUUGAUGGUGUUAGUGAUUUUGAAGGAAUUGAGGACAUGAGUGAGUGAUGAAACUUUUGAGAUUUGUUUUGGUUGUAUUGUAUUCGUAGGUGGCCGAUAUUCCCCCGAACAGAACUUGUUAGUAAUUGUACGAACCCCAUGAGCAUUCCAUACGAAUGAAAUUUUGUUACAUGCCUGCCAA